GCGCUCCCCCAACGCCCACGUAAGGAAGUGGUUGCGUUUCUCGGAGAGGAAAAGGGAAGUCGGGCUGCCUCCGCGGGGCAGCCAGCAACUCCCGCUCGCUGCGUGCUGGCCGGUUCGUGUCGACUGCCCAGAGUCCACGAACUCGCCCUGCCCGGCAAGAGAGCUCGCCAUGGCCUACCACAGCUUCCUGCUGGAGCCCAUCAGCUGCCACGCCUGGAACAAGGACCGGACCCGUAAGUACCCGUAAGCCCCGCUGGGACCGGGAGCUCCUCGCACCAGGGUCCCCCAUCCCAAAAUCCCCGAGGACGACCCCAAGCACCGAGCAUGCCGGGGUGGGGACAGGCACCCCGCAUCCCUGCCGGGGCUGAGCGAUGUCCCCCCGGGUGGGACAGAGCUGGCAUGGGGUCGGAUUUGGGGGCUGCGGGUCCUGCCGUGGAUGGAUUUUGGGGCUGGGACAGGAUGCAUCCCCCUCCCCAUCUCAGUCCCACUGCCGGGACGGAGCCCACGCAGGGGGUGUCAGCACGGCUCCGGCUCCAGCACGGAGAGGGACGGUGAAGCACUGCGGAGGAGAGCAGAGCGGAGCGGAGGAGCUCUGCGGGUGAUUCAUGGCCGAUGGCAUUUCCCGGCCUCGGAGCGGGGGAUGUGGGAGAGAACAAAAAGGGCUUUCUGCGACGGGGCAGCGUGCCGGGCAGGCGGGGCAGGAUGGGGCCAGGCGGGCGCUGAGCACCCGCAGCCAUCCCAAGCCAUCCCAAAACAUCCCGUCCCAUCCCGCGGGUCCCCUGGGACCACAUUGCCACACCGGGACCCUGAGGAUGCAGGGCUGCGGGGUGUGGAGGAGUGCCCAUGGGGCCGGGCAAACCCCAGCGAGCCUGGGUGACGGGGACACACGGAGCCUGUCCCCGCCACCAGCAGAGCCGUGACCCAGGUGGGGGCCCUGCCCCGGCCGCUGUCCCCCCCGCAGAGAUCGCCCUGUGCCCCAACAACCACGAGGUGCACAUCUACCGCAAGGACGGCGCCAAGUGGAGCAAGGUGCACGAGCUGAAGGAGCACAACGGGCAGGUGACGGGCAUCGACUGGGCUCCUGAGAGCAACCGGCUGGUGACGUGCGGGACCGACCGCAAUGCCUACGUCUGGACCCUGAAGGGCAACGUCUGGAAGCCCACCCUGGUCAUCCUGCGGAUCAACCGGGCCGCCCGCUGCGUCAAGUGGUCCCCCAAGGAGAACAAGUUCGCCGUGGGCAGCGGCUCCCGGCUCAUCUCCAUCUGCUACUUCGAGCAGGAGAAUGACUGGUGGGUUUGCAAGCACAUCAAGAAGCCCAUCCGCUCGACGGUGCUCAGCCUGGACUGGCACCCCAACAACGUCCUGCUGGCCGCCGGCUCCUGCGACUUCAAGUGCCGGAUCUUCUCCGCCUACAUCAAGGAGGUGGAGGAGCGGCCGAGCCCCACGCCGUGGGGCUCCAAGAUGCCCUUUGGGGAGCUGAUGUUCGAGUCGAGCAGCAGCUGCGGGUGGGUGCACAGCAUCUGCUUCUCGGCCAGCGGCACCCGCGUGGCCUGGGUGAGCCACGACAGCACGCUCUGCCUCGCCGAUGCCAACAAGAAGAUGGCCGUCGCCUCCCUCUGCACCGAGACCCUUCCCCUCCUGGCCGUCACCUUCAUCACCGAGAACAGCCUGGUGGCCGCGGGCCAUGACUGCUACCCGAUGCUGUUCACCUACGAGGAGGGCCAGGGCACGCUGACCUUCGGGGGGAAGCUGGACGUCCCCAAGCAGAGCUCCCAGCGCGGCCUCACCGCCCGCGAGCGCUUCCAGAACCUGGAUAAGAAAGCGAGCUCGGACACCUCCAACGCCACGCUGGACACCGUGCACAAGAACAGCAUCAGCCAGAUCUCCGUGCUGGCGGGCGGGAAAGCCAACUGCUCGCAGUUCUGCACCACGGGGAUGGACGGCGGCAUGAGCAUCUGGGACGUCAAGAGCCUGGAGUCGACGCUGAAGGAUCUCAAGAUCAAAUGAAGGAGGCAGCCGGGAAGGUGUCCGGCCGCCAGCCCGCCCCUGCUCCGCUGCUCCUGCCUGCUUUGUCCCCGCGCCACGCGAGCCCCCCGCGAGCCGCCCGCGCGCUCCCCCGGCUGCCAGCCAGCACGGGGCACCGGGCCGGUGGGCAGCCAGCCCCGCGGCUGCUCUAACACGAAGAUAAAGGUUUUUUUUUUGUUUUGUUUUGUUUUUUUUACUAUUUUUGUUACCAUCCUAACCGAUGCUGGUCAUACGUCGCUUAAAGAAGUAAAAAAAAUAAAGCAGAGAUUUUUUUUCCUGUGUAUAUCCAA